UGAUCUUGGAUGUGGGUCCCGAUUGAUGGUUUGCGUGGAACUGCUGAUCAUGGAGACGUUGAACAGAUUUCUAGAUUACUGUACUAGUAAGCCCUUCUCAACGGUCGCGCUACUUUUAAAAGAAAUACGAUCCAAGACAGCGCAACGGCAAGAUGACGGGCUGACAUGAUUACCCAUGCUCGGGAACCGAGUUUCGUGGCGGAGCAUUCGUGUUCUGUGUUGAUGCACAAUAUUGAAGUAUACAUAAGUGGAGGCCAGCUGCUCUCCCACGCGCUUGCUCACUCCUACCUUCUCGCUUUUGCCUCGUGUCAAUCAUUCGCUUUUUCUGUAUCCUUCAGUCCACUUUGACUUCGGACGUCAUUUCUCUAGAAAUCACCCACUACGCGUUGAAUCAAUUCACAAUACCGUAAAAAUGCAGUUCAAGAAUCUCGCAAUCCUCGCUGCCGCUGGCACUGCCGUCGCUGAGUUCGCUAUUAUCACCACACCUAUCCCCACCAAUCUGGGCGAGGUUCUCACAAACGCCGACGGCUACGCCUCCUCAGUCCUCAACGAAGUCUCAAUGGGCCUCGCAUCCCUCACCCAAGGCUCCGCUCUCUCUGCUGCAGCAUCUGCCCACAAGGGUCUCGCAUCCUUUGUCGCUACAGCCUCAUACUCCAUUCCCAGCGAAGUUACCAAAGUCGGUGCGCUUGAGACUUUCUCCGAGACACCAGCGUGGUACAGUGCGCUCCCGAGCGACAUCAAGAGCUACUACGACAGCUACAACGCCGAAGUUCAGAGGCUGGUCAACCAGGCUAUUCUAGGCGAGAACGGCACUACUGCGUCUACAACCAGGUCGGGAUCGGGUGGUGCGACGGGUGCCAGUGCGAGCUCGGGCCCAAGUGAGACUGGUGCGGCUAUGGGUAACAUGGUCGGCAUGAUGGGUGCCGGUGUUGCUGCGGCCUUUGCGGGUGUCAUGGCUCUGUGAACGUCGGGGUGAAUUGCGCAAGGGUGAUGGGUAAGAUUGGGCUUUAUAGAGUAUGCUGUUACACCUUCUAUUGGCUGCCCUUUGCUGGGAUGUGGUUUGGUUAAGAGGAAGCAUGAUGCCCAUGUUUGUAGUUGAGUUUUAGUAUGAUACCUCGAAUUCUUUUCUUUAGACGCCUGGAUCCCGAAAUGAAAGGCAUGUUCUUCACAAAUUCGCAUCUAUUGUUCGCCGUCUAUCUUCUGCAUCUAUUCCAUCAAUAUCUCGUUUGCUCAGAGACCGUAGAAGAAGUCAACAAAUACCAAGCAGACCUUAGCCCUACUACAGUUGACUCUCACCCUUCGGCUGCGCCAGCUUCGCAACCUCGGGAUCUUUGGUGACUUCCUCAUAAUCCGGUCUCGGGAGCUCGAACGCCUGGGUCACUCUCGCAUACGUAAUUCCACCCAGCCUAGAGACC